GAUUCAGGCGACUCUUUGCAACGAUUAGCGUGAAGGCAAGGUGUUACCUUGUUUGAUCAGUGCGCCUCGUGAGUACAGACUAAUGGAAGACGGCAGCUAUUAGCGACUGCCGAGUCGUGCGAGUCAAACAGCGAUCACUUGGACAUGAGGCAUUACUUUCUGAUAGUGGCUCUAGGAGAGAUUUUCUAUGGUGUGGUUUCAGGUCAAUAUAUUUAUAAUGUUGAUCCGGAUCCAGGUGGGCGAAUCUUUCCAGAGCAAGACGGAAACCAAAACACCCCCGGAGAACAUUUUACUUCCUCAAACAUAACACCGCAGAGAAGUAAAAAGUCUCCAGACAGGAGCUCUUCUCAUAAUUCUUUUAAUGAUUCUGAUCCCAAUAAAAUAAUAAACUCACAGCAAAGCAGUGAUUUAGCAUACGACUCCGGUACAGUAGAAAUAAAUGAAUAUCCUAUAUCUAAAAAUGAGCAUGUUUCCCAAAACAUCUCGCAUAAAAAUUCAGGAAUUAAAAUUGCUGGAAGAACGGAAAAUCACCAGAUGCAAAUAUUCUCACAGCAACAAUCGUCACUACAAAUACAUGACAAAAAAGAAAACUCAAGCUUAUUGGAGAAGCAACCGCCUAUUCAGCAUUUAAACAGCAAUGAACUACUAAAAUCUUUAGAGAAUCCCUUUAAUACAAAUGUUGAUGAAUCAAAUGCACAAGAAAAUCCCAAAUCAUCUAAGGAAACUUCUGAUGAUGAGUCAUUUUCAGAUCCAGAAGGAUCUAAAGUUCUCAAGAGGAAACGCAGAGACAUUCCGCCAAGAAGGAAGAUACCUCGAAGGAAUUUUAAACCAAUUAGAAAUAAAAAUAAUAUUUCAAAACGAAGAAAAACCAAUAGAAAUAACAAACGGGGUACUAAUUUGCAAGGAAAUGAUCAUUCCAUGGAUUACACCACAGACCAUUCCUUAAAUGCAGAAAAUUUGUUACCGAAAUCUGCAACUAUAGAAUCUGAAACAAACAGAAAGGAAAAACAAAAGGAAGAAAUCGCUGCUACAAAUAGCCCUGAUGUUCUUGCCGAUUUUGCUUCUUCCAAGUUGCCUCCAGACUUUUGGAACAGUUUUCUUUCAGAUUAUGAACCUGGCAAAAAUAAUCAAGAUACGCCAUUAGAAGAAAAGGAACCGGGAAAUUCUCAGGAUGACUCAUUGGAUAUAGGAAAUUUAGAUCCAUCUAUGACUUUACCGGACGAUUCUUCUGGAAUUACUUUCCCAGAACAUUUCUUCGACGAUUUUAUACCAGAUCGAAACAGCCCUGCUCCGGAUGGAAACGCUGCAACAACAGAAAGUUUGGAGGUGUCUAAUUCUGAUCCAUCUCAACAGAAAGAUGAUGUAAAUUCAUCUGAAAACACAUCAAGUGAUAAUUCCAAUGCUGCAAUGGCUGAGAGUCCUCAAAGAAGAAAUCCUGGACCUCCAAGAAGAACUAUUAAUAGAAGAAAGAAUCUAAUCAGUCGAAAUUCGAGAAAAGGUGGAAUUUCUACCCAUAAUUCUCCUAUACAAGAGGAAGGUUACUUGACAACCUAUGAUGAUGAUGAAGGUUCCAGAACUACAAUUCAAGACAUGGCAGUAACAGAUGAUCCUCAAUUUGAGCCAAGCUUUCCUGAUGACUAUCCUGGAAUGAAAUUUCCAUCUGAUUUCGUGGAUGACAUACUUUCUGGUUUGGAUCAGGUGACUUCGGCCGAAAAACUGCAAUUAACUACUGAGGAAUCCCAAUUGGAAAAUAUGGAUAUACAGAAUCAGGAUAAUUCAGAAACUGAAAUGUCAAUCAAUCCCCCAACAAUUGAUCCACAAUUCUCACCAGGAAUACCGGAUGAAUAUCCAAACCAGCAGUUUCCUGAAGGAUUUGUUUCAGAUAUGCUUGCUGGUCUAGAUACGAAGACACCUACUGAAAGUGUGCCAAAAGACGGACCGUGGCCGAGAAGACCUCCUUUUCAAGGAUUUGGCUCUGCUUUAGGAAGGAAGCAUCCUCGCAAUCGAAUACAAAAUUUCCGAAAUGAUAGAAGAAAUUCAAAAAAUAGGAAAGCAAAACCAAAUACUUUUUCAAAAUUUGAUAAUGAUGCCAUAUUCAGCGAUGACCAAAACCAAAACGAAAAAACAAUGCAACAAAUAUUCCCUAACACAAAUGAAGGUGAAACAAUUACUCAAACUAAUCAGGCUUCCGCUCAAAUAUCAUCUUCCUCUAAUGAAGAUUUUAUUCAGCAACAAGAUGAUUCUUCACAAACCUUUCUUCCAGCUUCUAAAAACGGAAGAAGACAAAAUUUUCGUAGGCCAAUAAACUAUUUUCAACCUUACAGAAAAAGAGAAAAAUCCUUUAACAGACAAAUGCCACGACCUGUAAAUGACAAUUUGCUGCAUCCAAAACAAGAAAAUUACUUAUCUCAAAAUUCACCAAUACAAAAAUCAUUCCAAACAGCGAGUGAAAAUUCAGAUUACAAUUUUCCUUAUAAUACAAUGUCGGAUUAUCUCCGAACUCUGGAUUCUUCUACUGAAAGCGCAGAGGAAUCGCCCAUCUCACAAACACCUGAAAAAGUGAAAAAUGGCCCUGUCAAUAAUAAUGAAAUGAAUUCAUUUGACACUCGGUUUAAUUCAUUUAACCCCAUUGUUAAUAAUGAUCAUACUUCUGAAACCCCACAAUCUGUUUCUUCUAAGUAUUCUUCUGAACAAGAAAUAUCCAUUCUAAAACUAAAAAAUAAUUUGCGAAAUAGACAAAGAAAUGUUAAACAUAGAACACAUCCCAGUAGAGAUCAUGAUUUAAAUAAACAUUUAAGUUCCCAGCAAGGAUCUUUGGACUUAGAUACAAAUGGAGAAGAUGAUAUUCCAUCAGUUGAAAAUUAUAGUCCCAGUCGAAGUCAUGGUUUGAAUAAACAACUAACUUCCCAGCAAGAAUCUCUGGACUUAGAUACAAAUAGAGAAUAUGAUAUUCCAUCAGAUGAAAAUUAUGGAAGUUAUUACACAACAUUAUCCCAGGCAGAUAAUGAGCCUUCUUCUAUGGAUUCUUUUACUGAAAGCAUAGAGGAAUCAGUCACCUCACAGACAGAAGAAAAAGUGAAAAAUGGUCCUAUCGAUAGUAAUGAAAGGAAUUCAUUUGACACUUGGUUUAAUUCAUUUAAACGCAUUGCUAACAGCGAUCAUGCUUCUAAAACUCCUCAAUCUGUUUCUUCUAAGUAUUCUACUGAACAACAAACAUCCGUUCUAAAACGAAAAAAUAAUUUGCGAAAUAGACAAAGAAAUAUUAAACAUGGAACACAUCCCAGUAGAAAUCAUGAUUUAAAUAAACAACUAACUUCCCAGCAAGAAUAUUUGGACUUAGAUACAAGUGAAGAAGAUGAUAAUCCAUCAGCUGAAAAUUAUAGAAGUUAUUAUACAACAUUAUCCCAAGCAGAUAAUGAGCCUUCUUUUGUAGAACAAUAUCCUCAACAAAAUGUUCUCCACAUACAAACAACAGAUUCUUCAAUUUCUGUUGAAAGCGAAGAAUUUGUUGCCUCACAAAUGUCUGAAAUAUCAACAAAUCAACCUGGUGAUGAAAGUGAAAUAUCUAACAAGCAAAAAGCUUCUUCUCAAACUGAAAACGGAAAUUCUUGGUUGAGUUUAUUUGAUAACUGGUUAAAUUCUUUCAAAUCCUUAAUCAACAAAAAUCGUACUUCUAAAACCCCACAGUCUAUUUCUCCAGAACAUUCUACUGAACAGCAAACUUCCAUUCUAAAAUUAAAAAACGAUUUGCCUCAUAGACAAAGAAAUUCUAAACACAGACCACACUUUCGUAAAAAUAAAAGUAAACAACUAAUUCCUCAGCAAGAAUUUUCAAACUUGGAUACAAAUGAAGAAGAUACCUUUCCUUCUGUUGAAGGAACGGAUUUUAUUCAACAAGAGCAGAGGUCCACUACUAUGGCAGAAGAUUAUGAAGUUGGAUACACAACAAUUGGUCAAGUUGAAGAAGAAAUUUCAACAUUUACUGAAACGUCAUCUAAAAAGAAUUAUUAUGGUAGACGUCGACGCCCACAUACUUUUAAAAGACGCCAAAAGCAUCCUUUUGGUUCUGAUGAAACAGCUCAUGAGACUGGUUCUAGUGCCUCAGUUGGAUAUGAUGAUUAUGAUUUUACACCUAUUCAAGAAACGGAAAGUUCGUUUUCUGUUCCUACUGAUUCAUCUUCAGAACAAAAUUUUCUUGAAAAUCAAAGUCAAUCUCAAUGGAUUACCGAAUUUUCGAAUUUUGGGGGAGAUUUAGGGGAAAAGCUAAUUCUUAGCAGUACUGACAGUGACACAAACGAUGACAAUUCACAACAAGAUUUUUCAAAGCAGCAAGAAGCUGAUCAAAAUAAUAACUCUCUUACUGAUAUUCUUUAUAACAGUCCAACAGAAUUUUUAAUUGACUCGAAAGAAGCUAAUCAGUUUCGCAGUGACGAACUUUAUUCCAAAAAUGCCGCUAAUCCAACAAAUAAAACAUCCAAUGAAGAAAUGUCGGCAAGGGGUCAGGCUAAUACGACAAAUGAUUCAUCCGAAACAUUCUUUACUGAAGACAAUGAAAACUGGCAAAAAGAAUACCACAGACGAAUAAAUCAUCGUAGGUACCAUCCAAAGAAAAGCGCCAAUCUUGAAAGAACUGGAAACUUUCCUUGGGACUACGUCACAAUACCUGAUGAUUUCUUCGAAGACUUUCUUGAUUCUUUGAAGAACAAUUCGAACAAUGAAGAGUUAAAUACUGACACUACAAAUUAUGAUAUAAUUUUCCAAGAUGAUGAUAGGCCUGAUAAUUUUCCAAUGAACGAUCCAACGAUUCCAGAUGACUUUUUUAAUGAUUUCUUAUCGGGUCUAACCGACACGUCGACAGACAGUAAAACGACCACAGAAACUCUGAGUUCUGAUUCAACCUCAGAAACAUGGCCAUCAAAUUAUAAUAUAGUGGAUAACUAUCAAGAAAACAUACUUACAGAUAAUACCAGAGCUGCUGAUCAUGAAGAAACAGGCCUUGGUUCUUCUUCAGAGACCGGAGAAAUAGAGAAAGAAUCAGCAACUACAAUAACUGGAACUUUCACAUCUAGUAUAACUAGCUUGUUAGAAACUACAACUCAAACUCCAUCAAAUCCUUCUGCUUCACAUCCAACAAAAACUAAUUCAUUUCCUAUUAUAGCUACUGAAAGUCUUACUGAAAUUACCGAAAUCCCUACCACAGUUACUGAAAGCUCUACUACAACUGCUAAAGCCCUCUCAACUACUAUUGAAUCUCCUACUACAAUAUAUCCAACAACUAUGGAAAUUCCAACAACAACCAAUGAAAUUUUUACUACAACUACUAAAAUUCUUGCCACAUCUGCUGAAAUUCUUACCACAACGACCGCAAUUCCUACUUCAACAAUUACUCAAACUUCUACUACAACUAUUGAAAUUCUUACCCCAACCCCAGCAUUGCCCACAACAGCCACUGAAAUUCCUACUACAGCCACUGAAAUUCCUACUACAGCCACUGAAAUUCCUACUAUAGCCACUGAAAAGCCAACCACAGUGACUGAUAUUCCUAUUACAUCUACUGAAGUCCCUAUCACAACCACUGAAAUCCCUACUACAACCUCAGCAUUACCCACAACAACCGCAGAAUUAUCCAUAACAACCGCAGCAUUAUCCACAACAACCACUGAAAUCCCUACUACAACUGCAGCAUUACCCACAACAACCACUGAAAUCCCUACUACAACUGCAGCAUUACCCACAACAACCACUGAAAUCCCUACUACAAUUGCAGCAUUACCCACAAUAAUCACUGAAAUCCCUACUACAGCUACUGAAAAUCCAACUACAAUAAUUGAAAUUCCUACUACAACUACUGAAGUCCCUAUCACAAAUACAGCAAUUCCUACCACAACAACUACUCAAAUUCCUACUGCUACCUCUGAAAUCCCUACCACAACCGCAGCAAUACUCACAACAACGACUGAAAUUUCUACAACAGUUACUGAAAUACCUGCCAUAACGACUGAAAUUCCUACUACAGUUACUGAAAUACCAGUCACAACCAUUAAAAUUCCUAUUACAGCUACUGAAAUACCAGCCACAACGACUGAAAUUCCUACUACAGUUAUUGAAAUACCAGUCACAACCAUUGAAAUUCCUAUUACAGCUACUGAAAUACCAACCACAACGACUGAAACUCCUACUACAGUUACUGAAAUACCAGUCACAACCAUUGAAAUUCCUAUUACAGCUACUGAAAUACCAGCUACAACGACUGAAAUACCAGCUACAACGACUGAAAUACCAGCUACAACGACUGAAAUUCCUACUACAGUUACUGAAAUACCAGACACAACCCCUGAAAUUCCGACUACAUCUACUGAAGUCCUUACUACAACCAGAGCAAUAUCUACCACAACAAGUACUCAAACACCUACAGCUACUACAGCAGCAGCGAUGCCCACAACAACCGCCGAAGUUCCUAUUACAACUGUUGAAAUCCCAACCACAACUAUUCAAAUUCCUACUACAUCCACUGAAAUUUCUACCACAACAGCAGUACCCACAACAAUUGAAACUUCCAGUGCAACUACUGAAAUCUCAACUACAACCACUGAAAUUCCUACGACAACUACAGAAAACACUAUCGCAACAGCGAUACCCACAACCACUAAAAUUCCUACCACAGCUACUGAAGUCCCUUCUACGACUACUACAAUUAUUACAACAACCACUCAAAAUCCUACAACAACUUCUGAAAUUCUUAUCACAACUACCGCAAUACCCACAGCAACCGCAGGAAUCUCUACAAUUUUCAACGAAAUUCCUACUACAACAACCAAAAACCCUAUUAAGCCAACAGAAUUUCCAACAACAACCGUUGAAAUUCCUAUUGCGCCAAAAGAUAUUUCAGCAAAGAGCACUGAAUUUCCAAUCAUGACAACUGAAAAUCCAACUGUAACUACUAAAAUUCCAAUAACUACAACUACCGUAUCUCAAACAGCAACAGUCUCUAAAAUCUCAACAGAAACAACCACUGAAGCUCCCUCUACUACAAAUAUUGAAACUUCAUUUUCGACAAGAACCGAAAUUCCAAGUGUGACUAAAUCAGUUGUUGAUAAGGAAUUGCCCAAAUUUUCCUCGACGGCUGAAAAUGCAGAGCUUACAUCAGUGAAUACUGAUAAAAAUUUCCCAAUUUCCACAGAAACAUCUAAAUCUAAUUCAGAAGAGACAGAGAAUAAAACAGAAAUUUCAGAAGUCAGUACAUCAUCACCAUUAAUGUCUCUGAUUGAAGCAAGUACAGAAUCAUCUACAGUAUCGACCGUUACAAAUAUUACAUCCAACCAAUCAAAUGAUAAUACAGAAGAAAACGUCACUACAAAUUUAGCAGUUUCUUCUCUCUCCACAUCUGAAAAUACUUCUGAAGAAAAUGCAUAUAGCGUGGACGAACUAACAAGUGAAGAGUCAUUGGAUAAUUAUCCUACUGAUAGCGGCGCAGCAACGGAAGGAUUUUAUACCAGUCCACUGAACAAUUAUACAACAAUUGAACCUCCACCAGGAGUAAACUGUAACGAAAACGAGAGCUACUAUGCUUGUGUGCCUAUGUGUCAGCACACCUGCUUCAACUAUGACAGCGACACCCCCUGUCCCAAUUUCUGCCUACCUGGAUGCGGAUGCAAGAAGGGGCUUCUCAUUGACGAAAAGAGCAGAUGUGUGGCUCCAGGAGAUUGCUUUGAAUUAACUUGUGGCCUCGAUGAAGAAUGGUAUGACUGCAAACCCAAGUGUCACAAUACUUGUCCGAAUUUCGCAAGAGCUGAGGCUUGCGUGGACCAUCCAGAUGACUGCGAACCAGGCUGCUACUGCAGGGAUGGUCUCAUAAUGGAUGUCGACGGGAAGUGUGUAGAUCCAGAAGACUGUCAAGAACCUGUGUGCCAGGAUGAAGAAGAAGAGACCGACUGCAUGGAUCAGUGCAACACGUGUGAGAUGAUAUGUCACACUUGUAAGAUGACAAUGUGCCGUCAAGGAUGUGAUUGCAAGGAUGGAUAUAAAAGAGAUUUGAACGGAACUUGCGUCCAUGUUUCUGAAUGCCCACCCUGUCCUCUACCAGAAUAAUCAUUUUCUUCUAGCACAACGAUAGAAAGUGUGCGUGCAUCGAAAUGCAAACCAGGUGGGAAGAUUUGUUAAAUAUGGCUUGUGAAAAGAAUGUGAUGAACAAUGAAAACCACUUUCUUCAAGUGUGUAAAAUCUCUAUAAGAUAGCAGACAAUUAUAGACAAACUUAUCUGAGAAGAUUUUUUGAAAGUUUUAUCAUCACUAAAAAAACGAUGGAGAUGUUAAAUAGGAUGCAGCAAUCUUAGAGGAAGCAAAUAUUUUAAGAUUUCCAAAUAUUUUUGUUUUUUGUAUUUUCAUAGGCAGAAAUGUAAUUUAAAGGAGAGAUAAAUGUUAUUUAUAUCUAUUUUCUCAAACCGAGUGCAAAUUUACAUUUGUAAUAAAAGAAAAAUAAAUGUUCACAUUUCCUGUCCUACA